AUGUCGUUCGAUUUGUUGCCGGCGGAAAUACUGCAGAAGAUAUUCGACUACGUCCCGCGAGCCGAGCAGCUGCAGAAAACAUCGAUCAGCCGCCGUUGGAACCAGCUGGCUCUGCGGGAAACCUAUCUCAUUCUGGCCUAUGGCGAACAGGUAAUCAACGAGAGGAUACUCCGGCGGACCCAGCGGGGAUACUGUUGCUUCUCGAUGGAGUUCAGCGAAGCGUACGAGGUGCUGAAACCACGGCUGCAGAUCUGUGCCGAGAAGUUCUUCCUGCGGAAGUUGAUUUUAGACGGGAUUCAGUCGUAUGCUUUGGUGCUAUUCGCACAGGAAUACCGCCAGUGGUUGAGGAGUGUGGUCCAUCUGUCCGUUACGGUGACGAACAGGGUCGAUUCCGGAAAUGGCGAGGAGCAUCUGGAUUUGCCUCGGCUGAGAGUCCUUUCCUGGACAUGCAACACCGAAGAGGGCAACAAGGUUCUUCCCAAGUUUUCACUGAACGCACCAGCACUGGAAGAUGUAUACGUAGAAUGCGCUGGAGAUGUCGAACAGACUCCGUUAGUUCUGGAGCACACUACCAAUCUCAAAUCACUGGGAAUAUUCGUGCCAAAGAUGAUCCCCACCAUGUGUCCCAACGGAUUGCUUGUUCUAGAUUGUUUGAGAAUCUACAAUGCACCGAGUCCAUUUGCAUGGAAUCUGGAACAGUUCCUUCUUCCCCGGCUGACGGUUCUCGAGCUAUGCGGAUGUACAAUUAACAGCGAAUCCCUCUCUGCCUUGCGACAAUUUCCCCAUUUGGAAACUCUAAUCAUCCAAACGGAGACGCUCCACCUAAUCAACCUGCACGCAAUAGCCAAUGCCCUACCGAAACUGAAGCAACUCCGACUUUUCGAUGUACGGUGGACGCACAACCCGGAGGUCCUCAAUUUCCCGUCUCUGCAAAUCCUCGACGUGAACGAUACCACCCAAAAUGGAGACGGUUGGCCCCUGGAAAUCAACGCCCCCAACCUUAUCACCCUCAAGGGAACCGCUCUUAACCUCCUGGGCUUCGAACUGGCCAACCCGGCCUCCGUCAAGUGCAUGCUGCUGCACGGGCUGUAUUUGAACUACUUCCAGCCGCGCCUGUUCGCCUCGGUCAUGAUCCUGCACAUCGACGUGCCCUGUGACGGUCGCCAUCUGAUGAUCAACGAGUGCAUCCACCAGUUCCCGAAUCUGACCCGGCUGACGCUGAUCUUGCACGAGAAACAAUCGCCGGUGCAUCUCAGCGGACAUCUGCUGGCCAUCAGCUUUAUCCAUCUGCGUUAUUUGCACCUGGGGAACUUCGAUCUGGAUUACAACUUCCUCGUCGGGAUGGGCAAGUGCCUCAAACUAAGGACCCUGAUCCUCCAGGAUGGAACGCUAGCCGUCAGUCCCGACGAUCGGCCAGUCUACUUCUCCGAUCAGCAGUUCUUCUACCUGCAGAACGUGAAGAUCCCCGCGGAGGUAACGUCCUUCCCGGUGUUCAACCCUCCGACCCGGAUGAUACUGUCGCUCCCGGAUGGGAACGUUUUCAGCACCUUCAAGUGGGACGAGAAGAACAUCAAAAGUGCCGAGGAUUACGUUACGUUUUUGCUUUGGUGAGGGAAAUG